AUGGCCAAAGAGGAACAGCAACAGGAAGAAGACUCUCACAAGCUGUUGCGUUCGUAUUUAGGGUUGAGCUUCUCCCUGUUCCUAGCCACUCUGGCCAACAACUCUGUGCCGGUGCUGCAGGGAAAGGUGCGCCUGCUUUCGCUACGGGCGGCGGAGGCCGCGGAGGAGCUGCGACAGAUGAAGUCGCGCCGGCAGGAGGACUCGAAGGCGAACGCGCGCGUAGUGGAGAUCUUCGCCUCGCACCGGAACGCGUGGCAGGCGGAAGAGAAGCGCCUGCUGCAGCAGAUCGACGCGGAGGCGGAGGAGAUCGCGCGCCUGCGGGGGCGCGUGGCGGAGCUGGAGGAAUGCGCUGCAAGUGCGGAGAAGGAGGUGGCCGAGCGGGACGAGAUGAUUGGGUUCAUGUCGCGGAGGAUUGAGGAGGAGGGAUUGGGUGGGAGGGAGCACUAUGGUAAGAAGAAUGGGGAGUGGUUUCAGAAGGAGGAGGAGGUGGAAAUGGUGGGGUCCACUAGGAGUUUGGAAGAGGAGGUUGAAGUUAUCUAUGAACAGCAUAGUCAACAUUUUGGGAACAAUGGCUUUGAUUCGGAGUUUAUGGCCUCUGCUUCCAAGUUCUGGGCUGAGAAAGCCUCUCUUUGGCAGGAUGUACAGUACGAAUCCCUUGAAUCAAUGUAUAAUAAUACAAAGCAUUUUGUUGCAAGAAGGGAGUCUCCCUGGAAGGUAGAUGGUGAUUCUGCUGGAGUUUCUUCUAAACUUAAAUUACUUGAGCAAGACUUGUUAAAUCUAGAGAAGAUUGGUAAAAAUGAUCCUUCCAAGGUGUCAUCUUUGAUUAAGAAGCAGGCAAAGAGAUAUCAGUCGCUUUCAGAAAAAAUAGAUGAUUUAUGCCAAAGAAUAGCUAAUGAUCCUUGCGAACCCUCCCUCAGUUCAGAAUUCCGAACCCAAACUCAAACAGAGUUUUUACUGGAAGCAUUUCGGCUUCAACAGGGGGUAUCUGAAACUGGACAGAACCUAAUGGCAUUGCAAACUGAAAUUGGGAAGAGCAAUUACAGGGAUGAGUUGAGAAGCGAGACUUCACCAACCACAAGACGGUCUUUGGACUCUAUGAAAUAUAACUUCAAAGAAAUCCAGCGAAAUCUGGAGAUAUGGUUGGCCAGAAUUAUUGGUGAUCUUGAGGGGAUUCUUUCAAGGGAAGGGGCAUCUCGUGAUCAUUCUGUUUUUGAGGGUAACCAUGGUGUUUGA